GCCGCGUGCGGCCGGGGAUUGGAAGGUCAGCGGUGGCGGUCGAGUGAGGCGGUACCGCUAGAGUCCUGAGACGUUUUAUUCCUUUAUUUAUUUACUUGCUUAUUCAUUCAUUUAAUAGUAGUUGUUUUUUCCUGUGUUUUUUUUUUUCUCUCGUAGACAACUGUGGAAGCGGGUGGCCUGGCAGCCUUUGGCAAGUAUCAGACAUGGCAAGGAGCCCAGAUCACCUGUCAGCAGCUCAGCCACGAGCAGGAAAGCACUUGCUGUGUUAAGAAGUCACGUUUGGGCUGACCUAUGAACUGUGAUCCUUGUUGUAGGUGCUUGGAAGUCCUUUCAGAACCAUGAGAACAGCAGCCAACUGCAGAGAGAAACAGGCUCACCCGUCCAAACACACGACCAGCUUUGCUGCGGAUCAGUUCCAGGCUAUCAGGGUUCUUCUUCUGAGGCAACAGGCUGCUGCCAGUGCUGGAAGAAAGGAAUUGGGAGUGUAACGGUGAGCAAGACCCCAGCCUGUGCAGAUGAAGGCUAAGACAUGCAGCACGCUGGCCCAGCCCUGCAAAAGUGAUUUGUAGCCCCCCCUUGACUGGACACCUGUCUCAGUGUAGGAAAGCAGUGAGGCGCUCGGAAUCACGGAUCAGUGCAACAGCAUGGCUAGGAGAGAAAGCUCCAUCUGUGCAGGACUCCAAGAAUGGAGAAAGCCCAGAGCUUUCUCUGCCUUCCUAGAGCCCAGAGUGAAAGGUGGUUACCUGAGCAGGAACUGGCUCCAUCUGAUGGGCAGAGCUUUCUGCAGGUGGGUGUAGCCAGGCAUGAUAACAUCAAUUUCUCUGCAUAUGGAAAGAGAGGAAGAGGUGAGCAGCAACUGUUUGCAGAGAGAGCUGUGACAGGUAAACUCUCAGGUCUCCUGGCAAGGUCAUGAAAGCAUCUUUAGCCUGUGUUGUGCUAUGCCUUCCUCUUCUUAUAUCCCCAUAAUAUAUUAGGGGAAGAGGAAUGUCUCCCUGAAGCAGACUGUGAAGAAAGAGGGCCCGUUGUCUUUCCCUGUGCUGUCACAUACUGUCUCACUUCAACAUCCUCUGCAGAAGACCUUGCUGCUGCCCUGAUUGGUAUCAGUCAAAGAGAGGAGAGAGAAGUCUCCUGUCCCAGGAACGCUGAGACCGUGGACUUGGGAAAGGACUUACGUAGCAGCGCGCUCCACAAGGGUCUUAAUGAGCUGCAGCAGUGUGCAGCUUUCCAGCUAUAUCACCAAUCAGCUCCUGAGGACAAGAGAAUAACUUCUGUCAGUGUCUCUGUAUUCUAAACAAAAGAAUUCCUGCAAGAGCAGACCUCCUCCUAGCUCUAGGAUCCUGCCACUCAGGAUCUUCUCCAGCUCAGUUUUAGUUAGGAUGCCAGCCUUCUCCAAUGCUUUGGCAUAAGCCAUGCUCCCCUGGAUAUCAACUUCAGACAGUCUCUGAUCACAGGCAAUGGAAGAGUUGAGCAUCUCCAUGAUGGGAUCUGUGCUUCCGCUGAAUCUUCCCCCCCAGAGUUUAUCUCCCUGAGAGAGUGGAAGAGCAACUGUCUCCACAUCUCUGCCAAUCCCUGCUGAAAAAACAUGUCUGAGAGGACAGCAAGAGAAAGCCUAUAGAGGCUCACCCGUCCAAACACACGACCAGCUUUGCUGCGGAUCAGUUCCAGGCUAUCAGGGUUCUUCUUCUGAGGCAACAGGCUGCUGCCAGUGCUGGAAGAAAGGAAUUGGGAGUGUAACGGUGAGCAAGACCCCAGCCUGUGCAGAUGAAGGCUAAGACAUGCAGCACGCUGGCCCAGCCCUGCAAAAGUGAUUUGUAGCCCCCCUUGACUGGACACCUGUCUCAGUGUAGGAAAGCAGUGAGGUGAGUGCACAGACUUUCUCAUGUUUCCCAAAGCAGAGUCUUUGGUUUUGCAGUCCUGUCUGGAACUACCACCCAGUGCUGCCUCUCAGAGGAGACAAAGCAGAGGCUUCUCUUCAAGGCCCUGUUCCACAGAAGGCAUGAGGAAGCAGGACCUGUUUUUCUGUACCCUCAGAGAGGCAGGGCAGUGGCUGUGCUGCGUUGAGAGACAGGAAGUCUGUUAGUAUUGCAAACCCGGGCUGUUCUGGGAAGGGCUUUGGCAGGAAUUCCCAGCAGAGAAGGAAGUUCUGUGUGCCUGUUCUUUUACAGCAUGUUUUUGCCAGCAGUAUCUGGGGAGGAGUGACCAGUGAAUGGAGAUGUGGUUGAGUUGCCAGAAUCAGAAAUCAGAGACAAGGAGAGUUUUAGGGAUGGACUGUCAGUGACCAGGCACCUACCUGUAGGCAUCAGAGAGGGUCACAAAGCCAAAUUCAGUGGUGCUGAAGAUGAUGAGAUCUUCAGCCAGCUUGCUAAGGUGGAUCAUCAGCAGGGUGGCAACAGAGAUUAAUUCCACUGCAGAAAAUGUAGAAAAGCAGGAGGUGAAAAGGGUGUUUGUGUUUGGCAAACCAGGGAGCCCUGACUGGAGCUUAGACAUGUGCAAAGAUUUUCUGUUUGGUAUUUCCCAGUGUGGGAUUUCAGGUCCCUUGUUAAAUGAUGUAAACUGGGAAGGUGUCCGUGUCCGGUGUCUGCUUCUAACAUGGGGGAGGGAAGAAUGACAGAGUUGUGCUUACCCACAAAGUCUCUCUCACUGAUGGCGUCUAUGCUGUUCAGGGUGAUGGAAGUCAUGUCCAGUUCUGUAAGGAAAGUGACAGAGAGAAGAGGUCAGGUUUAUCAUGACCAGGGCUUGAAGUCAGCAGACUGCUCCAGCCUACAGGUGACUGAGUCCUGGAGUAGUCCCAGCUGCACACACGAGCUGAAGUGUUAUGCUGCAUGGGAGCUACCACCUCUUGGACAUAGCCUGUCUUAUUGCAUUAAAAAAAACAUAUGAAUCCUUGACACUUGGUCCAGGAUUACAGUGCAUGAUGAUGCCUUGGGAAGUCACUUGCUUUUUCUUCCCUCCCUCCCAGAUACGUCAAAUGUAUCCCAUGCUACUCAGGAGUAGACAUUUACCGCUACGCAGAAGCUCUCUAUCAAUUUCCAGUGGGUUGCCAGCCAGAGCACCACUGCCAGGGAAGAAAGAAAGAGAAGUCACAUAUAUUAUCUUGCAAACUCCAUUCAAAAUUGAUCUUUAUUAAGCAGAGAAGGCGCUCAGAAUCACGGGUCAGUGCAACAGCAUGGCUAGGAAGGGACAUGAGAGAGAAAGCAGGUGAAGCUGAGAAACCUUGCAUGAGCCAAGAGGUAAUUCUGGCCAAAGAUGGUGCAUGCUGAGAGUCAGCCUCCACAGUGCUCUCAGCGUUUGCGUUUCUGGCUGGUCAGAACCAAGAGGCACUGGACAUGGAGCAUUCCUGUGGCAGCUUCCAGGGUUAGUUCUGCCUUGUCUCCCCCAGCUGCCCCACCAGAGAAUGAUGCACUUCUAGGCUCCAUCUGAGCAGGACUCUAAGGAUGGAGAAUGGUUCCCUUCCUAGAGCCCAGUGUGAAAGGUGGUUACCUGAGCAGGAACUGGCUCCAUCUGAUGGGCAGAGCUUUCUGCAGGUGGGUGUAGCCAGGCAUGAUAAUAUCAAUUUCUCUGCAUGAGAAAGGAGAGAAAGACAGCUGUCAGUACAGAGAGCAGUGACAGGUACACUCUCGGGUUUUCUGGCAAGGUCAUGAGGAGAAUAUCUUUAGCCUGUGUUGUGCUGCACUUGGUCUUUGCCUUCCUCCCCUUAUGUCCCCAGGACACAAUGAGGAAAGAGGAAUGUCUCUCUGAUGUGGGCUGUGGAGAAAGAGCGGCUAUUCCCUGUGCUAUCACACAGUGCCUGACUGUAACAUCCUCUGCAGAAGACCUUGCUGUUGCCGUGAUUGUUAUCAGUCAAAGAGCAAGUCUAGAAGUCUCCUGUCCCAAGAAGGCUGAGACCAUAGACAUGGGAAAGGACUUACAUAGCAGCGCGCUCCACCAGGGUCUUGAUGAGCUGCAGCAGCCCCUCGCUGGGAGUGCAGCCCACUGCGGUGAAUGGAUGGGGUGCUGAUGGCCAGUGUUGGGAGCUAAGCGCUUGGAUGAGGAAGAGAAAGGAUGCAAAUGCUGCACUGUUGAGUAACUUUGAGGUGUUCCAGCUACUCACUGAUCUUAAGCAGCAGCGCAAAGAGAGUGGAAAAAGCAAGCAGAGCUCUGGUCAGCAGAAUCUGAACACAAUCAUGUAUGAGACACUGAAAUACAUCUCAAAAACACCGUGCAGAUACCAGAGUCCUGAGACUGUCAGAGAGUUCCUCAUUGCAAUGAAGGGCCAUAAGCUGACCAAGGCUGAAAAGCUGCAGUUGCUGAACCACAGGCCUGUGACAGCAGUUGAAAUACAGCUGAUGGUAGAAGAAAGUGAGGAAAGACUGACAGAGGAGCAGAUCGAGUCGCUUCUCCAGACAGUCGCCAGCAUUCUUCCAGGGGAUCCAGAGGAACAGCAGAGGGACUCAGCGAUGGAAACGGAAGGCAGAGGCAGCCAGUAACAGGAGGCAUCUAGACCAAAGCCAGCAACAAUUUCAGCAGGAGAGAAUUGGUUAAUCUUUACUUGAUACCGGUUUCAUCUUGUAUUUGGCAUCAUUGUAAAAUAUAUUACAUUUUUUUAUUACUCAGAGGUGAUGAGGGCACCCGUUGUUUACCAGUAGGCGUGGAAGAGGACACUGUUGUUCCAGCAUGUUGUCUUAUACUGGGGUGAUAGUGACUGACUUUAUAAUGUAGCAGACAAAUCACAGGGCACAAAAUGGGAAGCUUUUUACAUUACCCAUGUAACAGCUGUACAUUUGAGUAGGCUAAUGUACAGCUGGCAAUGUUUUAAUUAUCACAGCAGUACUAUAAUUAUAAUUGCUUUCAGAUGAUGUUGAAUUGCCCAACUGCUUUUCAGAAUGUGAUUUACAAUACAAAGCCAGCUUUUGGAGCUGUUGGGGAAUAGGGCUGCUGUCAGAGAUCUGUGCAUGGAGUAAUAAUGUACAGAAACUGCUUGGUAUCUGUUUCGAACACAUAAAGUAGGCUGAUGGCAUUGUAGGAGUGAGAGGAUCUGUAGGUCGGAUAACUGUUCUCAGGGAUGUCAGACAAUCUGUAGAUGAAUGGUAGAUGCAGCUGAUCAGCUAAAUAAAUGUACUGCCCUGAGUAUGGCUGGAUUGGACCAGUUUUGCAGCAGCUGAGGCUUUGGACUGUAAUGCUAAGGCUCUUAGUAAUACAAACAAAAGGACAUUUAAGAGUGAGGUCUGUAUUUUCCCUUUGAGUGUUUGUUCCAGUAUUUAUGUAUAAGCAACUCACAGUCCUGCAAAUGUGCUUUGACCAUGGAAUAAAUGAAUGAGUCAACACUGAA